CUCUCAACGUCAAGUGUGAUGUCACUUUACUAGAGCCACUACUCUUGUCAGUCACGCAGCAUUGGAAUAGCGAAACAGGGGGAAAAGAAAUAAAAACUAUCGAGCCGAAACGACAAGGAUGGCGGCGAAGGAUUUUAACAUUUUACUGGCGACGGACUCAUAUAAGAUUACACACUACAAGCAGUACCCUCCCAACAUCAGUAAAGUGUAUUCUUACUUUGAGUGCCGCAUAAGAGAAGGCGACCGCUUCAAGGCAGUUGUGUUUUUUGGUCUGCAGUAUCUACUAAAGAAAUAUUUAGCAGGUCCAGUUGUAACGGAAGAAAAAAUUCAGCAAGCAAAGUUGUUUUACCUCUUACAUUUUAAACAAGCUGUUUUUGAUGAAGAAAGAUGGAGAUUGCUUUUAGAGAAACACGACGGGCGACUUCCUAUUCGGAUCAAGGCAGUUCCUGAAGGAAUGAUUGUUCCCAGGGGUAACGUCCUUUUUACAGUCGAGAACACAGACCCCGAUUUCUACUGGCUUACCAAUUAUGUGGAGACUAUGCUAGUUCAAAUUUGGUAUCCAAUUACUGUGACGACCAUUUCCCGGGAGUUUAAGAAGAUCUUGGCCAGACACUUGAAGGAGACCUCAGGGAGUCUUGAUGGUCUGGAAUAUAAGCUGCAUGAUUUUGGCUACAGGGGGGUGUCCUCUCAGGAGUCGGCUGCCUUGGGAGGAGCAUCACACCUGGUGAACUUCUGUAGCACAGACACCGUCGCAGGCCUUCUUAUGGCCCAGCAGUACUACAGCUGCCCCAUGGCCGGCUUCUCAAUCCCAGCAGCAGAACACAGCACAAUCAUCUCAUGGGGACGGAAUCGAGAGAAAGAAGCAUUUGAAUAUUUGCUGGAACAAUUCCCCUCAGGACCUCUCUCGGUCGUUAGUGACAGUUACGACAUUUUCAAAGCCUGCAGACAUAUCUGGGGGGGGAAGCUGAAGGAACGCGUCAUGGAACGAAAUGAGGACUCCAGGCUUGUUAUCAGGCCUGACUCGGGGGAUCCAGUCGAGACCAUCAUUGAGGUGUUAAACAUUUUAGAAGAUGCCUUUGGAAGUACAGUCAAUUCAGUGGGCUACAAACUGCUUCCAUCUUAUAUCCGAAUCAUUCAAGGAGAUGGCAUAGACAUUAACUCCAUUGAGAAGAUUCUGAAGAAGCUGAAAAGUGAAGGAUGGAGUGCAGAAAAUGUCAACUUUGGCUGUGGCAGUGCCCUUCUACAGAAGAUCAAUCGGGACACCCUCAACUGUGCCUUCAAAUGUAGCUAUGUGGAAACAGAAGGGAAAGGGAUGGAUGUUUAUAAACAGCCAGUCACUGACCCAUCAAAAGGCUCCAAGAGAGGUCGGCUGUCUUUGAGGAGAAACUCCGACGGAUAUAUGGAGACGGUAGAAAAGGGGAACGGAAAGCCUGAGGAGGACAUCUUGACCACAGUUUUUGAGAACGGCUCGAUUCUUCAUGAGUUCACACUCGAUGAAAUCCGGAAGAAUGCCAGACUUCGGGAAGAUGACAUUCAGGAUCAUCAGAACUCCUUGAAUGUGGACACACUGUAUCCCGAACGCAUCUUGAAUGGACUACAUUAGGACGGUGGCCUCAUGGGUAUCUUAUCAGUAUUCUUUGGGACCAGUCAUUGCUCUGCGCUUUAUUUUGUUAAUAUAUAUUAUAUUUUUUCUUCAGACUCUUAUCUAACAAUUUUCAAAUUUAGUGUUUUUUUU